CUGCAGGAGAAAGGGGACCGAGCGAGCAGACUGUGGGGGGAGGGUCACGUGUGUACACACUGUAGGGCUCCGCAGCACUCCGGCAGUAGUAAAGUCAGUAACGGUCGGCCCCUUUUCAGUCCAUGGCUCGCACGACGCGUUGACAGAUGAAGACCGACCCAAGAAAAAUCCGCUAAAGCGAUUCGGCUCGCGCUUCCCGCUCCCCGUAACGGUUUGAGAGCUCGUGCACACCGAAGAGGACGUUUUUUAAUUCUCUUUUUUCAUUUAGUUUCUCCCCAAGACGACUAAAACAUGCCAGUGGAAAUGCUACAUCCUAACCCCAUGCCUCCGUAGUUUUUGACACGGAUCCAGUCGUUUGUGCUCAUCGUUUGAAAGUGCUUGACUAGUUUCAGAGCCCAGCGAUGUGGAUCUGCAUGCUUCACAAUGAGACAGAUACCAGCGUGGACCUCCAGCUCUGCAGGGACUUCGGCCUCAUCCUGUCAGUCUUGUCCCUCAUCUACCUCCUGGUGUGCUUCCCUUUGGGGCUGUGCUACAACGUGCUGCUGGUUGUGGUGAACCUCUCCAACAAGGUCUCCCUGACCAUGCCGGACGUAUAUUUCGUCAACAUGGCCAUCGCGGGUCUUGUGCUCAACCUGGUGGCGCCCAUGGAGCUGCUGAGCUCCACCUUCACUCGAUGGCAUGUGUGGGAUUACAACAAUGAGGUCUACAUCACGCUGCUGAUACUCUUCAACAUCUCGUCUCUGGUCAUCAUGUACUCCACCACGCUUCUCAGUCUGGACUACUACAUCGAGCGGGCGCUACCACGCACGUACAUGUCCAGCGUGUACAACACCAAACACGUGUGCGGUUUCAUCUGGGGCGGCGCCGUGCUGACGAGCUUUUCUUCGCUGCUGUUCUAUGUGUGCAAUCACAUCUCAGCAAAGAUGGUGGAGUGCUCCAAAAUGGAGAACAAGGAGGCGGCAGACGCCAUCAUGAUGUUCAUUGGCUACGUGGUCCCAGCCGUGGCUGUUCUCUAUGCCUUUGUUCUCAUCCUGCGCAUCAGGAAGGAGUCCACGCCUCUGGAUCAGGAGUCGGCUCGCCUGGACCCGUCUAUACACCGGCUGUUGCUCGCCUCCGUCUGUGUCCAGUUUGUCCUGUGGACCCCAUACUACAUGACCCUUUUGGUUCACACUGUGGCUUUCGUACCAGGAUUUAUUAGCCACGCACGUGACUCUCCGACGUACAAUUUUGUCAGAUGUGUGUCGAAACUCCUGGCGUUCUCCAGCAGCUUCGCCAUGCCACUCAUGUACAGACAAAUGAACAAAAACUUCUCCAGCAAGCUUCAGCGGCUGCUCAGGAGGCUGCACUUCAGAGACCAGUCCUGCCCUCACGAACACUCAACAGUGCAGCAAGUAGUGACGUGAGAUCGCAAUUUCCCCUCCCAGCUCUCGGCACAGCCAGCACUUACCCCCCACCCCACACCUCCUGCACAGAGCCAGGCUGGGCUUCCUCGACGCUCUGGACUGUGUUAAGAGCGACAUAGCAAACUGUGGAAUUUCCUGUCACUUUCCAGAUCUUCAUCUGAUCUGUGGAGCGUUGCAGUGACAGGAUCAACCAAGCAAAACCACUAAGUGCUGUUUUUUUUUUUUUCCUCAGUGUCAGCGUUUAAAGCUCUCAACCAUCUCACUUUGCCUUCUGGUUCAGAGGUUGUAAAGUGCGUGAAAUCCUCCAAUCAUCAGAGUGGACUUCUGUAAGAGUUCCACUCAAACCAGAACAAAAUAACUAAGCAAUCUAUCUGUCAAAAGCUUCUUCUGCUAUCAAAGCCUUUGAGUGACAGCAGAAGUCACCCCAAAAGCAGCUACAAUUUUUUAAUAUCAAGUGAAAAAUCGACCAUUUUUUUGCUUGGUUUUGAUUUCCUUUACCUGAGCACUUUGUUGUCUUGCAUCAGUGGACAUUGUUGACGUUAAGCUGCUGAACCAUCAAGAGUCUUUGCUUCCAUUCUCCUUCCAAACUGGAAUCAAAAUAUUCCUUGCAUUCAAGUUUUUCUGAACUGAAUGGAGAUCAGAUGAAGUUUUUAAACAUUUUAUGAAAGUUGAAAGUAUUUCAUGAAGUGAAGAAAUGCUAAAUCUCUGACGUUUGGGGAAGUCACGAGGCCAAACUCUUUAAUUCGCUCAAACGAAAAGUACUUUUAUUUUCCACUUUGAAACCAAAACAAAGAUUGUAUUCAGGGUUCAGACAUAACCGGUAUACCUCUUGCGAUUCUGCUGAAAAACAUUAGCUGUUAAUCAUAAGCAGCUUUGAUCCACCUGUUAAGCGGAGCUGACAGCUCAGGGUGGGACGAUAAAAUUGUGUCGAAGAACGCGUACGUGGAGAAGCUGACGCAGGGGCAGUGGCGUCCACAAAGAGUCUCCUGUGAGGCCCUGAGGCGGUGGCACGUACAUUCCUCUCAUCCCGUGAGCACUUGAGGGGUCGGGAGGCUUUGUCUGGUGGAAGUAUUCCAUCUCGAGGUCACAGAAGCAAUCCUGCAUGGAUCUGAAAGCAAACACUUGGCAUCAGCGUUGGUCUGCGCUGAAACUUUAAUGCUGCUCACAUGCAUCAAAGCUACUUUUCUUUUUGACAAAUGAGCUUUUUAAGCAGUGAACAGAAUUUCUAAAAUGUUAAAGAAACGUUGCACAAUCUGUCACUCCAUGAACAUGAUUAUUCUUUAUCAAAAGGGCCGUUUCUUCGUGUGGACACAAACCUGGCAGAUGGGGCAUUUUUGUAGGUGUUGCCACUGUAAAAUCCCAGUAAGAAACAUCUACCGAUGAUUAUCACCUAAGUUUGUUUUAAUUUAUGUUUUUGAAUAAUAUAAAUGAUUCAAUCUUUGUGCUUUUGCUUUAAAGUCGCAAAGAAUUGCAGGGUGUAUUAACGGUAAUUUGAUCCUUAUUUAUUAUUGCCAAGCUUGAGACAAAGCCUCAUGCACAUUCCUUUUUUUUUUUUUUGCUUCAAGAAUUGUUUUUCUAAAUCUGAAAGCGAAUGAGUUUGAUUUUUGCAGGAUAGCAUCAUCGCUUCCUCCGUGAUGCGUCAGGAGGAAGCGUUCUGCUCUGGCUGUUUACAUUUCCAAACGCAGCAUCCUCUUUCCCUCAAAAGCCCCUGACAGAGUUAAUCAUUGAGCUCAGACCGAAGUCCAAACGCCCGCUUGUACAUUUAGAAAUAAAAAUCGACAGUUUGAGCUAAGCUGCAUCAAUCUCAGUUUGAAAAAAAAAUGUGAAAAGCAGUUUUUAUGAGCAUUUUAAGCUGAUCUCCUUUAGGGCACUUAUGCAGAAAAUUCAGCUAAAUGAAAGCGACUGAAAUCAUGUGUGGUGAUUGUGUGACAUUUGAUUCUGUCAUCUGUGUGAUACGGAAGCUUUGUGAAUGGCUUUUAGUGGAGCAGCAUCACCAAAUGAGAAGAGCACGUUCGUCUGAGAGCCGUUUAUUUUUAGAGAUUUCUUCACACGGAUGCAGGCAAGACAUUAUCUCCUACUUCCUUGUAGUGACUGAAUUUAAGACGAUAAAAGCUGAUCCGUGUUAGAAUCGAUGCCUUUUUUUGUUUGCAUACAAGAGUUCUGUAUAAAAAAAUGUAAAUAUUGUUUCUGAGAGAAUUUCAUAAAUAUCCUAUGCUCUAUUAAAAAUACAAUAUUUUUGGAGAGAAACAAUUUAAUGUACUGUCAGCUGAGUCGAAGCCUGAUUAAAUAAGAAACUAACACAAAA